AUGGAGAGCCUCAAUGAAGUUGGCAUAGUCCUCUUUUUGCUGGUCAUCGCGUUGUCAGCUUUGUUGCUUCUAAACAUGCUCAUCGGCGUGAUGUGCGAAGUGGUCUCCGGGGUCAGCCAAACCGAACGCGAAAGCAUGGCCGAGACCUUCGUCAGGGAGAAGGUGCAGAAGAUCAUGUUUCAACGUCACGGUGUCCAGAGCAUGUCGGUGUGUCGCAAGGAACUCCUCGACAUGUUGCACGACCGUCCCUGGGCUGUCGCACCAGACCUGGGAGACCUGGGCCGACACGCGAAUCUAAACGUGGUCGAAUGUCAAGCGACGUCGCUGCUGAAUGAGGCGCUGUUGGUGGUGACUCUUGCCGUCGCUUGCAUUUGGAUCAAUCUGCAGGCAUCCGGCUGCUGCUUAACGUCCCUGAGAGCUAUGGCGGAGACCACUGAUGCGGUGGUGAGCGGGCAGCCAGCGGCUGCUGAUGAGGCGGCGCAGCUGACAGCUGAUGAAGCUCAGCCUGCUGCGGCGGGAGGUGCAGCGGGGCAGCCUGCGGCUGCCGUGGAUCCUGCGCCGGAGAUCUUGCAAGCUGCGGAAGCGCUGGCGGCAGCAGUGGAGGUGCCAGUGCCUGGUGAAGAGGUUGCUCCUGACCCUUGGGCAGUGACUGAUCCCUGGGGUGGUUCGGGAGGUAGUGGACAAGUAGGUGAUCCUAGCGGUGGAGGUGUAGCACAAACUACUGGGACAUCAGUGCAUGUGCAAUCACAGUCUGGCAUGGACACCUUGAACGGAACUGCUGUAGGAGGGCAGACACAGCCUGCCGUGGUGAUCAAUGGCAUGAUGCAUGGACACGUAGUCAAUGGAACAUCCAACGGCCUGCCACCGUCAGGUACCUCAGCGAUGCCUGUGGCGCCUGGUGGAUGUACUGGUCCAUCAGUCAAUGGUGGACAGGGAGACUUGGCUGGAACUCAGGUGGAAGAAGAAGUGAAGCCGACCCCAAAGAAGAAAGAGAAAGCAGGGAACAGCAAACAGUUGAAGACUCCAGGAGGAGAUGGCGAUGAUGGGGGCGAUGAAGAUGAUGACAGCCACAUGUCGUCGUCAGCGCCCACUUCAGAGAUUAGGUCAAUGUUGAGGAGAAGAGUGAAGCAAGAGGACAACAGCAACAGACCUAGGAGCUCUCUUGGCUCUGUGAGAAUAGAGGAGUUCUCAGGAGAUCGGGGGAGGUAUCUCAAGUGGAAGCGCACCAUACAGGCACAGCAAUGCUUGUAUGGUUUGGAGUCACAAGAACUGGCGAUGCUGAUAUACCUGUCAACGAGGAGAGAAGCCAGAGAUGUGCUGGAGCAACAUGCCAUCACGUCCUACACAGGAGCAGGUGGACUUCAUCUCCUUUGGAAGGUCUUAGACGAGGCCUUCGGAGAGAGCGAGUCGGAGCUCUUUGAAAGAGCUGACAGAGAGCUGGAGCGGUACAGGCGAGCCCCAGGAGAGAGCAUAGCUCACUUCUUGGCAGAGAUGAGGAGACUGAGGGCGCAAUACUACCGCAUAGAUCCAGACUCAAAGUUCAGCGACAAGGCGUGGGCCCAGAAGUUGCUUCAAAAGGCCUCACUCUCGCGCCGAGAGAAACAUGACUGCUACUAUGCAGCUGGUGCCACCUUUGACCCGUUGGCAAUCGAGAAGGCCUUGAGGAUCCGAUGUGGAAGGAUCCACGAGGAAGAGAGGAGAAGCACACCAUACAAGCCACAGCCAUACAAGCCACAGACAUACAAGCAAGAGCACAAGCAGGAAGGUGGCCAUGGAGGAGGAGCCACACACAAGCAGACAUACAAGAAGAAGAAGGUCUUCAUCAAGAAAAGAUACAACACAACACAUGUGGCAGAGGCUGAGGGAGGAAGUGAUGAGGAAGACGCAGAAGAUGAAGCAGAGCCAGAGGAAGAAGGCCACGAAGAAGAGGCAGAAAGAGAAGCCUACAUAGAAGAUCACAUAGAAGAAGACGGCGAUGAAGGGCCAGAAGAGGAAGAAAGUGAAGGAGAGCUGGAUGAGGGCGAGUUGAAAGAAGCAUUCGCCGCUGGCUGGAAGGCCAAACAGAAGACCGCAGAAGCCAAGAAGACUAGAGGAUGGAAGACAACAGCUGGAGGAAACCAGCGACCAAAGAAGGAGAAGAACUGGGAACAAAUGAAGAAAAGUUCCACCUGCUCUUCCUGCGGCAUGAAGGGCCACUGGAAGGGCGAUCCAGAGUGCCCCAAUGUGAAGAGUGGAAAAGAUCCCCCUCACAAGAAGACCAAUGCGGUGCACUUCACUUUCAUGGUGAACACUGAAGCUCAGUGUAUGCAAUGCCUCCACUUCUCUCCAAGCACCGCCAGGUUCUGCGCUGAGUGUGGCGCAAUUAUGAGAGAUCACCCAAUGCCAAGUGAGACAAGGAAGAGGAUCACUAGUGAAGAAGAAGAACGAUGGGAUCUCAUACAAGAACACUCUCGACCAUUCAGCUAUGAAGUGACGAGAGAAGUGGCACAGGUGGCGGCGAAGAUGAAAGCAAAAGCACAUGCACCCACACCGGCAUCAACAAGCACAGCAGGCAAGGUGAGACUGCAUGGACAGGAAGUCCUAGCGGCCUUGCCAAACAUGAGCAGGCAGGAGAAGAAGGAGCUUCACAGAGCUCUUCAGGAGGAGGAGCAGAGGGAAGCACAGGAAGCAUGGGAACAAAGACACCAUCUCAUGCCUGAGGUGGGCCAAGGAGGAUACACAGGCGAAGGGUUUGAAGACCCUUUUGCACACAGCAAUGCCGAUCCAGGGAGAGGAAGCCAAGAGGUGUUGGCCCCACCAGAAGGGAAGGACAAACCGAAGCCUGUGAAGGAGAAGGAACUCAAGGACUUCCGAAAGUCCCUGUAUGAUGCACAAAUGCAGGGAGGAAGAGUUGUCCCAUCAAGUGCCGCGCCACCACCAAACGAAGCACAAGCAAGAUGUACCCAUCCCUUCGAUGGACUCAGGUGGUCAGCCAAUGCCGAAGGACACUACGCAAGGUGCAAGAGGUGUGACCUGAAGCACGUGGUGUAUUACAGCAUGAGGCAUGGGGUGAUGAUGGUGACAAUGCAGCAUGAAGCCCCUGAAGGACUUCCCAAGGAAGCGAAGGUCUGGAUCCGUGAAGACAAGGGUGCCAAGCACUACAAGAUGAUCAAUCCAGGUGGUCCGGCGUGGGAACAAGUGUGCUGCAGGGUGACAAAGGAUGUCAGAGGAGAAAUCCUGCAGAGCAAAAUGAUCACACAUGAAGAAGAACAAGACACCCAGCUGAAAGAGACCAUACCUGGACCACCCAGGGACAUAGUUACCGAGUUUUGGUACGUCCCAGACAGCCGAUCAAGCAUAUACAACGAAGCAGCACAGUUCAUACAGUCCCAGAAGCCGGGGCUAGCAAUAGCAGACAGCGGCUGUCGGAAUGCAGUGGGUGGAGUGCAUUGGCAUCGGCACUACCAGAAGGUUUUGGACCAGCUUGGUAUCCCUUGGGAAGUCAUCUCCGAAAGGGAGAUCUACAAAUUUGGGGCAGGGGCCCCAAUUGUCAGCAAGGAGGCAUGCCUAUAUCCAGUGAUGAUCCAUGGCAAGAUGGACAUCAUUCGGAUGUCAAUAGUCCAAGGAGGAGGUGAAGCAUGCCCAGGCCUGAUAGGCCCAGGAGAACUGAGCCGUUGGAAAGCAGUCUUCAGGUUUGCAGACAAACAGCUGGAGCUGAACGGCAGAUCGAAGCCCAUGCAGCUAACCGUCACAAGACAUCCAGGCAUCAACCUGCUGGAAGGAGGCAAGCAUGAAGCAGAGGAGCUCAGGAAGUUUUGGCAGUCACAGGAAGGAGAGGAGCAAAAGGCAAUUCUCACAACAACACCACACAAGUACGCCUUCCUGACAGGAACAGGCGAAGAUCAGGAGAAGCAGGAAGAUGCGGAGUCAGAAGAGACGGAGGAAGAAGAAGAAGCGUCAGACGGGGACAGAAGAGAGUCCAAGGUAGAAGACUGGAUGAGGAGACUCAAUCAAGACCUUGGAAUCAUUCAGAUCCCAACGGUAGAUGCAAAAGCAGGCAUGGAAGAAGAAGAAGAAGAAGUGAGCUCACCGGACGAAGAGGUGGCAAGUGAUGGAACCUCGUCCCACGAGAUGGGGGUGGAAGUUUUGACAGAUGAAUCCACCGAUGAGGAAGAGGUACGAGGAGAAGCAGAGAAGAGACAUGUCUUCCUGAGUGGAGCCAAGAAGAAAGACAUGUACAAGGGCCUGAGAAAGAAGCUUGGCCAUCACAUCAAGGAGAUCAAAGGCCAAUAUCAAGAUGAGGAGAUGAAGCGGCGGAAGAAGGAAGCCGUCCCAAGAGAGAUUGGCACCAAGACGACAAGAAGAAGAUGGAAGGUCCUGGAAGUCUUCACUUGGACCUGUGCCAUAAGCAUGAUCGCCUCAACGAUGGGAUGGGACGUGUGUGAGCCAGUAUCUCUCCCAAGAUGGGACCUCCUGAAGGACCACGACUAUGAAGAAGCCAUGCAAUACAUCAGGAGAGAAGACCCCGACCUUUUGGUCAUUGCAUGGCCCUGCACGGUCUGGAGUCCCUUACAGAGUUUUGGCAAGAAGACUCCCUGGCAAAGGAUGAACCUCAUAGAAAGGAGGAUAGAGCAAAGGAAGCUUCUAAGGUUUGUCAGGGAUGCAGCCAUAGACCAAAGGGAGAGAGGAGGAGCAUUGAUGGGCGAAAACCCAGACCCAUCUUUGGCAUGGAAGGAGCCGUUGAUUGAAGAGGCUUUUGAAGGCCAAGGAGUCACAAAGUGUGACAUGUGCCAGUUUGGGCUGAAGAUUCCAGCGGGGCCGAUACGAAAGAGGACCCGACUUCGAGGGACAGAAGAAAUCAUGGAAGCAUGUACAAGGAAGUGCCAAGGUGAACAUCAACAUGCUCCAUGUCUCGGAGGGGUCCAAAUAGAAGGAAAAUGGAUGAACGUUUCGGACUUCGCAGGAGGAUACACCUCCGAUUUUGCCAGACAAGUGGUGAAGGGAGCUGAAGCAUACCUCACUAAAGGCAGGCAAAAGGAGGUUUUUGUGGAAGGUGACAGCUGGCCCGAAGAAGACCUCGAAGACGAGGAAGAACAGCCGAUCGAGGAAGGGCUGAUUGAAGAAAGAACGGAGCAAAAAGGGAAAGCAUGGAAGCUCCAGAAAGUGCACGAAAGACUGGGACACCCGACAAAUGAGACCCUGUCGAGGAUGUUGUCUCUAUCAGGAGCAGACAAGGAGACAGUCGAAGCAGCGAGAGAGCUGCAGUGCCCAGUGUGCCAGGAGGUGGCGCCUCCAGGGAGGUACCUCAAGCAAAGAGCUGAGGUGAGACCCACAGUUUUUGGCAAGGAAAUACACUGUGAUCUCAAAUACCUCCAUGAUGCUGAAGGAAAACUCCACGUAGCCUUGUCAGUGGUAGAUGCAGCAUCAUCCUACCAUGCAGCAGUCCUCCUCCGCAACAGAAAUGCGGAACAUGUAGCAAGGAAGAUGGCAAGGCACUGGUGUUCCAUACAUGGAAUACCUGAAAUUAUGGUCAUAGACCAAGGAGGAGAAUUCGAUGGAGCAUUCAUCGGAUGGAUGGAAACACACGGCAUACACAGCAAGGUUAGUGGAGCACGAUCAGCAUGGCAGCAUGGAUUUGCCGAAAGACACGGAGCACUCCUUGGCUCAGCAUGCACCUCCCUCAUUUGGCAAUACAAAGCAAAAGGAAGAACAGAAGUAAAGGAUUGCCUCGCUGCGGCAAUCCAAGCCAAAAAUACGACAAUACCCCGAAAGGGAUACACGCCAUACCAGUUGGCGUUUGGAAGACAACCCAUGUUUCCCGACCUACUGGACGAAAGCAUCACGGCAAACAUGUCGUUGAGGGAUGCAUUGGGUGUUGAAGGAGAAGUCAGGAGAGCUGCAGAGAUGAGGACAAUGGCAAGAGCAGUUUUUCUCAGACAGGACGUACAAGAGAAGCUCAGGCGAGCUUUGAAGAGAUGGCCAAGAGGAGAGGAAAGAGCCUUCAACCCGGGCGAAAUGAUUUACUUCUACUCACCUCAACCAAAGACAGCAAGGUUCAGAAAAGAUGGUGGCUCAUGGAGAGGGCCGGCAGUGGUUCUCAUGAGGGAGUCAGCUCAACGCUAUUUCGUGAGCUGGCGAGGCAGAUGUCUCUUGGUCUCAGCGCCCAAUAUGAGAUCAGCAUCCAGUUUGGAAGCAGGAAACUUCGAAGGAAGGGUCCAGGAGCUAGAUGAGCUAGAAGACAGAAUGGAUGGAGAAGAGAAAACUUAUGAAGACAUCAGCCAUGAGAGAGGCCAAGAGCAACAGAAGAUAGAAGCCAUGGGUUGGAAGGCCCAUGAUGGAGCGAUAUCUCCUCAUGGCAUGAGGAGCAAGGAGAAGGCAAAGGAAAUCGCUCGAUCCCUGAGAGGGAUGAAGACCAUCAAAACCGUCUUGAAGGAGAAGAUAAAGAAGACGGACAAGAACAGAAAGAAGAAAGAAGAGCCACGAAAGAAGAAGACAGCAGAUAGCAAAGAGGAGAUACAACAACAGCACCAGCAACCUGACCAGAGUCAGGGUUCACAGACCAGCAAGCCAGACACAGGCGGACAAGAGAGGACUGCCUCCACAGAAGAGAUCAUGAGAAAGAAAGAGCAAGAGGAGACAUACAAGAAGGUGGAUGAAGAGCUCUUGAACGCACUGAAAGGGCCCACCGAAGACUUCAAGGAGAGAUUAAGAAAACAUCUGCAAGAUGAUGUCCCUCAACAGAUGAAGAGGCCAUUGGAAACUAUUCCAGGUCUUGAAGAAGAAGGAAUUCGGAAAAGAUUCCGAGCAGGCAUGUUCAAUUACACCAUGCUGAGUGUUUCAGGAAGGAGAGCACGUGCCAACGCAUGGUUAAAGAAGAGCGAAGUGAGAAAACUAUCGCAACUUUUGGACUUGCCGAUCGUCAGUGCAAGAUCUCACAUGACACCCAGGAAGAGAUUCGCCAAGCCUCCGAAGGGUAAGAACAGAGGUAGAGUCACUGUCAUGCUGGGUGAGGAGGUAGGACAGGCCACAGUCUGCUAUGAGACCUCUGAAGAAGUCAGACAGAGACCAAACAGGAAAAGCCCCUAUGAGUGGAAGGGCUUGACGCUCUUUGUCAGAGAGGAAAUCAGCAAGAAAGGAGGCACUGCAACGGUAGAGAUGCCGGAUGGAGUGUAUGAGGCUCAGGUGGAGGACAUGAACGAGUGGAAGCAGCUGGUGGAUGAGGAGUUGGAAAGGCAAGCAUUUUUUGAGGCGUUCAUCUUGCAGAAUAAGAUGAAUGGAAAAGAGCUUGACCCACGUUUUUUUGAUCAAGAAGAAAGAGAGAAGUUCAAGCAAAGUGAUUUGAAGGAAUGGAAGAGCUGGCUUCAGAACAAGGUGAUCAAACGCCUGUCUCCGGAGGAGGCAUCAAAGGUAGACAAGAAAAAUGUGUUUCCAGCACCGGUGAGGAUUGUGAGGGUGAACAAGGGAGCAAUGCAGGGCACCUUUUUACCUAAAAGCAGAAUAGUAAUCCCAGGCCACCUAGAUCCACAUCUGGGUUCCUUUCGAAGUGAUGCACCUACGGUUCCAUGGGUGACAGUCCAGUUGGCAAAGAUGGUGGGAGUCAACAAGGGAUGGUGCUUUCUCAUUUUUGAUGUUUCUACGGCUUUUCUGUCUGGAAAGGAGGUGGAACGAGAUCUGGUGAUAAAGGCACCUAUUGAUGGACUUCCAGCAUGCCCAGAGAUGAAUGAGCCAGCAGUCCGCCCUUUUGAACUCAUGAGAGUUUGCAAGAGCGCAUAUGGAUUGAGUGAGGCUCCAAGACUAUGGUACUUGCGUGCACGAGAAUUGCUCAUUUCAAUAGGUUUUGAGGAACUGCAGAUGGCCAAAGCUACAUUCAUCAUGAAACAGAAAGGCGAUGUGAUUGCCAUCCUGUGUCUUCAUGUAGAUGAUGGACUGCUAGUGAUCAAGCCUUCUGCAGUGGAACGCGUGAAAAGAGCAAUUGACAAGCAUUUCAACAUCAAAGAAUGGCAACAGAUCGGAGAGAAAGGGGUUACAUUUUUAGGAGUCAAGACCUAUGUCAAGCAUGGCAUCUACUAUGACGACAUGUCUGAGUAUAUCAAUACCAUACAGUAUGCCAAGGUUGAAACACCCAAUGAUGAACCCCUCAAAGGCAGUCAGCUUUCAGCAUAUCGUCGAUUGGCAAUGCAACUGAGGUGGCCAGCUCAUUUUGUGAUGCCGGAAUUCCUCUUCCGCACCAGCGAACUGGCCCAAAGAGUGAGCAUGGCGACUGGCAACGACUUGAAGUAUACCAACAAGUUGCUCGAAGGCAUGAAAUCGGCAGCAUUGCGAGGUGAAGCUCUGACCAAAAUUCAUCCAUUGAAAGGUGAUUUGAUCUUUGUUUCAUACUUUGAUGCUUCACUAGGAACCUCAAAGACCAACAGAGCUCAGCAAGGGGAAAUUCAUUUUCUCACCACAAAAUCAGUUUUUCGUGAACCGUCUGUGGCCAACAUUGUGGAGUUCCACUCGAACAAAGUGCAUCGAGUGGUUCGAAGCAGUCUUGCGGCAGAAGGAUGCUCAAUGACCAGUGCCGGCGAUCGUCAGUUGUACAGUAGAGUCAUUUUAGAUGCGUUCAUGUAUGGUAAGACUGACAUUAAUUCAGGUUGGCGACGUGAACUUCAAACCCCUGGCUGCUUAGUCACUGAUGCCAAGGGAUUGCAUGACCACAUUUUGAAGACAGGCGGCAUUGCUUCGGAAAAGCAAGCCGCCCUAGACAUGUUGAUGACCAAACAAUUGGUAGAAGAUAAUGUGGUGCAAAUUCGUUGGACGCCAACCUGGAAGCAGUUAGCUGAUCCACUGACCAAAGAUAUGGUUACCACCCUCUUGGAACAGUUUCGACACAGUAGCAAAUUGUGUCUUGUACAGACACCAGAGGAUGAGAAAGAAGAAACUCGCAGAGCUGGAAUCAGGAAAGCUCAACGCGAGCGUAGGAAGAUGCGAAUGAAGGCGACGGCAACGCUUUCUCCCCCUGAUGUGAUGAAUCGGUGCACUUCCAAGCAUAUCUAA